UCGCGUCUCUCAGUUUGUAUUUAGUACUACCUCUAAUCAGUCGUGAUCAUAAUCGUGUAUCUCCACCAUAACAUCUUUACAACUUAGAAAUAAUAAAAAAAAUUUAUAAUCGACUAGAAAUAAAAAUAAAAUUUUUAUGGGGUUUAAUUCCUAAGGUAUUUAAAUAGACAGUUGUAAUUAAUCCGUCCGCGUAGUCGUGGUGAUUUAUUAAAAUAAAAAUCAGUGGUGCAGGUGUUUAUUCAUAUUAAUAUUUUAUCUUAAUUGAUAAUAUUUAUUUAUUUAUUUUUUUAAAAAUAAGACAUUGAAAUGUAUUCAACGAGGAUUGCUGCUAUUUUCGCUAUUCUUCUCGUCUGUCGUGCCUACGGGAGACCAGACAAAAUUGCCGAAGAUAAAGAAGGCGAAGACGACGGUUAUUUCGGCGACGAUACAGAGCGGGAUUAUGACGAAGAAACGGAGACAGAUCCUGAUAAUGAGAGCAAUGGGACACCCGCCGAACCGCCGGAAAUAAAGACCAAACCCCUGAUGAUCGAAGUUAGGCCGGGUAGCAACGUUGAGUUGCCCUGUUACGUUGUUAAUGGAGACGACUUUGCUGUCGAAUGGAAGAAAGGCAACGUCAGUUUGUUCUUCGGAGAUUCCGAUAUGAUUAAAGACACUCGGAUAGUUACCACAGCUAAUCACAGCUUAAUAAUUUACAAUGUUACCAAAAGCGACUCCUCGGAUUCGUACUCGUGUGUUCUUUUGGCUGACUCACAAUUGGAAGUAAUUCACGCGGUUCACGUUGUCGAUAAAUCCACGGACCGCAAAGACGACGACAAGCGGAUCCGCGUUAUUCCUAGCAAAAAAGUCGAGGUCGACGAAAAUCAGAGUACUACUUUUGGUUGUGAAACUAGAGAUCCAACUGUCAAAAUUAUUUGGUCUCACAAGGGAUCGAAAUUACAACAUGGCGAAGAAAUCCAAAAAAACGGUAAAUACGUGGCAAUAAAACAGGCAAAUAGACAUCAUGGAGGUCGUUAUCAAUGUCUUGCUGAUGUUGCCAAUGAAGAGCAUCCUCCCUACGAAUUCAUUGACGUCAUUGUCAAGUUUAAACCAGUAAUAGAGGCUGAGCAUGACAUUGUCCACACGGGAUUAGGAUUAACGUCUGAGCUGACGUGUAAAGUUCACGCACAUCCGCGUGCCAAGGUGACAUGGAUGAAAAAUGGCAAGCAAGUUAGCGGUAAAAAAGAUAAGAAACUUCAUCCAGAGGAUAAGUCUUCACGUGUUCUAGUUAUUGAACACACUGAAGAACAUGAUCUCGGUGCGUACACUUGUGUCGCGUCAAACCCAAUGGGCGAAGCAACCAAGGAAAUAAUUCUGACUGGAAACCCAGCCAAGCCCAAGUUUGUCGGCAUUGAUAAUAAAGAUGACGAAAAGACUGUGGUCUUCAAGUGGAAGGUCAAGAGUUACGCGCCAAUCAAAGAGUACAAAUUGGAGUAUCGUCGCAAAGGCGAAGGAGAAUGGAUCUCAGAGAGUCCUGAUGUUAAAGACGGAGAUAGAAAUGAAUUUAUGGUCGAGCAUGCUCUGAAAGAUCUUCAGCCAGGCGUGUCAUAUGAGACGAAGCUGUUGGCCAAGAAUGACUUCGGAUGGUCGUCGAGUUCCGAUACCCACUACUUUAAAAUAGAAUAUAUUUCCGAGCCACAAAACGUGACAGGAUAUAGCAGUGCAUCAUCGACGCGGUCGCUUGCGGCACUCUCAGUACUCCUAGUCUUCUUGUCAUACAUUUCAACGAAUAUUUAAUUUAUUAAUCACUCCAUACUACAUAGAUAAUUCGCUGCAGCCAAAGCGUAUACACACCAAGCAAACUUCAUGGUGGAUCUAAGAACGAAAAUUGCCUAGGGGAGUGCCACUAACAACAUUACUUACGUCGUUGACAACCCAUCGAUAUUAAAAAAAAACAAGUCUUCAUGUAUAUAUAUAUAUAUAUAUAUAUACACAUAUUUAUAUA